AUGGUUUCCUACGGUACAUCCAAGGUCGACAACCUUAGUGAUGCCGACAAGUUACGUAUCAUUUCGGCGUAUCUUAACCACAACGAGCCCCAGAACGUUUACUGGACCUCGGCUGCCACUCAGGCUGGCAGUGCGUCCAAGGAAUCGUACAAGAAGAUGCUCAACACCUCGCUUCAGAAGCUCCGCGCGACCGAAGGCGACAAGGGAGCCGAUGGUAAUGAGACUGCACCCAAGCCCCAGCCCAAGAAGGGAGGCCGCAAGAAGCGUGAGGCUACCGAUGAUGGCGGAGAGCAGGAAGGCAAUCCAACGAAAAAGGCUAGGAAGUCAGCCAAGCCGCGUGCUAAGAAGGCCGCCGUCACUACCAAGAAGCCGGAUACCGAUGGAGAAGAAGCUGAGACUGCUGCAGUGAAGCCAGAGGCUUCCGACGACGAGGAUGCUUGA